CUAUUCCUAAGCGCUGGCGGGCCAUUCGCUCGCCAUCCACACGACACAGGGCCGCGGCCAGCCAAGAAAUAUUGCACCGUUCUCAGCUACCGCUUGCGCUACCCUGGUUGCUGUUCAAGUACAUUUGUACUGAUAUUCUCGUUUAGUUAAGGUCUCGCCUGGCCAUCUUAUAUUAUUACUCUCUUUAAGACCUUUCUUCUCGGUCUUACCAUACGUCUUUCUACUUGGAUUAGGAUCGUCAAUAUGCAUCCUCAAAGCUUGUUCGUCGUGUUAUCUACUUCAGCUCUUGCCUCCGCCUCCCCUUUACGACGUAGGUGCGGUAGUAAGGUUACUAACGGCACUCUCCCGACCCCUACUGAGCCGGCCACUACGCCCCCAGCGACGGUGAUUCCUAAUCUACCUACUACCGGCUCUGGUACUCAGCUCGCCGGCCCCGACUCCGCCGCAUUGAAGCACAUCCUCGUUGGUCACGGGAUUCAGAACUACACAUGCAGUGCAGCAGGUGCUACAGCCGCAUCUCUUGGUGCUUUGGCGGUGGUAUGGGAGAUCACAGACUUAUACCCCGGAACCUCCGAGUCUUCUCUCCCUGUCGAUGCCUUCGAUGCCUUCGCUUCCACGGUACUACGCACAACAGAUAUGCCCGUCAAUCUAGCUACCGACGGAGCAGAAGACAGCCCAUUCCCUGCACCUGCGGAUCUCACAGUAAAGGGUGUAUCCGCUCCGCUAAGAUUCUUGGGGCAUCACUUCUUCGACGCCGCAAAUACCCCGACGUUCGAUCUAUCGGGUGCGGAUGACGGCGAACUCUUCAAAGGGAAGAAAGACGCGGGCGUACCGGCACCAAGCGAUGCUGAUAAGGGCGUUGACCCAGCUACAGGGGCUGUAGACUGGCUACGUUUAAGCGACAAGGGCGCUAGUACCGGUAUAAGUCUUGUAUACCGUGUUCUCACAGCUGGUGGAAACCCCGAGGCGUGUACCGAAGCUGGCCAGACGCAGAGCGUACCGUAUGCUGCGCAAUACUGGAUCUACGCAAAUUGAGGAUAUUUCGCUACUUAAGGUAGAUAAUUGACGUACACCGGGAGAAAUGGCGGGUUCCCUGGUGGACCAGGGCUAGGUUCAUGGCGUUUCGGGUUGACUU